AUUCACAUAAACGUCGAUGUAAAUGCCGAGCAACAUGUCAAGCACGGUGUAGUUGUAAACGUUCUGGUCGUCCAUGUGUCCCAUCACAUUGUCACUGUGUAUUAGGUCUAUGCAAAAAUCGUUCAGAUUCAUCAUCGCAAAACAGUCAAAUAGUCAGUUCAGUCGAAAAUCCUGCAACUGUUAUGGGACCACCAUCUGGAUUUCCCGUUAUAUUACGUCCCAAACGUAAAACUCGUGCACUACAAAUUUGA